AUGAAUUAAGUGAUGAGUUAAAUAUUACAAAAGGAAUUUAAUGAGUGCAAGGAAAUCCCUGAUGGUAUAAUAGAUUUAAAGAUACUGAAUGAGAAUAGUUGGUAGAUUGUAAUAAAGGGUCCUAAGUUGAGCCCUUACGAAAAAGGGCAAUUUUUCAUCCUUGUGGAAUUUCCAAAAGAAUAUCCAAACAUUCCCCCAAAGUUUCGCAUAUUGAAUAAAAUAUACCACAUGAAUGUGAAUCAAUAAGGUUGUAUUGCUCUAAAUACUUUGAAGAAGGAAUGGUCUGAAAGUAUUGGCGUAAAGAAAAUGCUUUUAGAGAUUUUGAGUCUUUUUUAAAAGCCUAAUCCCUAAAAUCCGCUAAACCUCAAAUUAGCCUAGUAAUAUUAAGAGGAUUGCUCAGAGUAUUAUGAAAGGGCGUAGUAAUGGACUUAAUAAUUUGCAACUUUUAUUGAUAUUAAAAUUGAUUGA